AAAAUAUGUUUUGUUUUAAAAAAUCCUAACCAGAUAAAAAUGACUGAAAGAUAAAAAGAUUAAACAGAAUAAAAAUCAGCAAAAUUAAAGAAAUAAGCCGGUGUUAUGUAAGACUUGUUGUUUUGCUCAUGAUGACAUUAAAAAGAUAAUUAUUUUAACAGACAAAACCACUUCAAAAAGUGCUCAAGUUAAUAAGUAAAAAUGAGGCGAAGGUAUGAAUUUGAGUUAGAACAAACGAAUUCCGACGAUUUUGACUUGGAUACAUCAGAGAGAAAUCGAAGAAGUAUACAUGGGGUACCCGUUUAUGUUGGUUUUAUAAUUUUGGCAAUUCUCGUUGGUUUAUUGGGUUUUGUUAACUGGAUUGACAAUGCAGUGCCAACACCUUUAAUGCUGAAAGAUGAGAAGUCGUACCCUGAUGCUUUUAUAUCAGAAAGGGCUCAACAUGAUUUAAAAUUAUUGACUGAUAUGGGUCCUAGAAUUGUUGGAAGUCACCAAAAUGAGAUUUUAGCCGUGGAUUUUCUUAAAAGAGAGAUUAAUUUUAUUAUAAAUCAAAAACACAAUAAUCAGUUUAUUGAGAUUGAUAUACAGGUUGUAUCAGGAGAAUAUUUUCUACAAUAUCACCAAACUGAGAUGAUAAAUAGAUAUUCAAAUGUACAGAAUGUUAUUGUUAAACUGCAUUCCAAAAAUAAUUCUGAACACAGUUUAUUGGUUAAUUCUCAUUUUGAUUCUGUUCCUACAAGUCCAGGUGCUAGUGAUGAUGGUAUAAGCGUCGUAACAAUGCUAGAAGUGUUACGCAAAUUAUCUAGGUCCCCGGAUCGCCCAGAACACAACAUAAUAUUUCUUUUCAACGGUGCGGAAGAGACGACCUUGCAGGCUUCCCAUGGGUUUAUAACGAAACACAAAUGGGCUAAAGAAUGCAAAGUUUUAAUUAAUUUGGAAGCCUGCGGAAGUGGUGGUAAAAUGACGAUGUUUCAAUCUGGUCCGAAAAAAUCAUGGUUGAUGAAAUAUUAUAAUAAAGUACCACAUCCGUAUGCUCAGGCUGCUGGCGAGGAAAUUUUUCAGAGCGGAAUUAUACCGUCUGAUACCGAUUUCAGGAUUUUUAGGGAUUUUGGGGCUUUAGUUGGUUUCGACAUGGCUUUUUACAAAGACGGCUAUCGUUACCACACUAAAUUCGACCAAUUCGACGUUAUACCAUUGGGUUCAUACCAACACAUAGGCGAUAAUACUCUUUCGUUGGUCAAAAAUUUGGCCAACGCGCCUGAGCUGGCUUCUACUAAUAAUGAAGAAGAAUCCAAUGUUGGUGUAAUAUUUUACGACAUUUUCGGACUUUUUAUGGUCUCCUACAGCACCUCAACAGCUAUUAUCAUAAACAGUAUUGUUGUAAUUGGGUCCCUGGUGAUUUUUGGAGUUUGGCUAAAAUUUGGAGUCACCAAAUCCAAGUCUAAAUAUUUGCUUCUUAGUAUUGGUGCUAUAUUAUUAGGUUGGGCACUUUCUUUUAUUUUUGGAGUUACCCUUGCUUACAUCUUGGACAAAUUAAACUAUUCAAUGACGUGGUUUUCAAAUCCUUGGUUACUUAUUGGGUUAUAUUCAACCCCAACUGUAUUCAUUAGCUGUUUACCAUUAUUUUUCAUUGAACAUGAGACCUUGUCGCUAAAUGUAAGAUGCCAAAUACAAGCUCACUUAGUAAGACUGAUAUGGACUGUGGUUUUACUUGUUGGCACAAUAUAUGGAAUACGUUCCUCAUAUGCUCUAAUGGUUCCUAUUUUAUUUAAUGUUAUAUGUUUUACUAUAAUUGGUUUUACUUGCCAACACUCAAAUUUUAGAUGCGGUUUUAUUUUAGUUAGAAAAUGGCAAAUAAUGUAUCUAUUGUUCACUAUUAUAUCAACAAUGUUACUGAUGGCUCAAGCCAUUGUAACUUUGUCCCUGUUUGUACCUUUAACAGGAAGAAUUGGGUCUGAUAAAAACGCUGAAAUUAUUAUAGGAGUAAUGACGAUACUAUUCACUAUUAUAAUCAUAUCAUUUUUGGUUCCUCUAACAAUUUUGCUAAGAAACGCGAAAUAUUUCUUUGGUAUUUUAACUGUAGUUUUUCUGGGGACUUUAGUUCUAGUAUUCACCGUAUUUUCACUUCCCUACAACGUUGGAAAAGACACGGCAACACCGCAAAGAUUUUGGAUAAGCCAUUGUUCUAGAUCUUUUUACGAUGAAAACGGCAAUUUAAAUAAAACCGAUUCGGGUAUUUUUAUGCUUAACAUGGAUAGGAAUUCCCCACAGAGCCUUAAAGGACAUUUAAAGGACUAUAAUAAAAUUAAAAGCCUUAAUAAUGAUGAUUGUGCUAAAUAUCCUGCAUGUGGUUUGCCCAUUUUCCACAGUAAAACCCUGGAAAUUUUAAAGUACAGUUCAUGGGUGCCGGCAAAUCAGCCAAUUUUACACCAGAAGGUAUCAUUUAAUUACACUAAAGAAAUAAUUGAUGCUACAACAGUUAAAUAUACAAUUAAUGUAAAAGGCCCGGAUCGUAUAAGUAUGUAUGUUGUACCAAAACCAAACAUGUCCUUUGAUGAAACUUUAAUUGAUAACUCCCCCAACUUAAACUUUACCACAAACUCCAAAACUUUUUUCAUCCAACACAUUUACGGUUCUGAACCGGCCGAUUUAAACGUAACUUUAUUUAUAAAAACCCCAGAAAAUUGGGACAAACCAACAAUUGAUUUAGCGCUUACAUCGCAACAUGUGCACGAAAGACUUUUCGUUAAAACUCCUUACUAUGAAAAUUUUAUAAAACAGUUUCCUAAAUGGGCUGAUGUUACAGCUUGGCUGAGUAGUUAUAAUUACUAUAUUAUAUAAGUGAUAUUAUUCUUGACUGUUAUUUUAAGGGAUUUUAUAUUA